AUGGAUUUCCAACCAGACCUUCCUAUCCCGAUCUCCUAUGUAUCCGGUAGAUACCUGUUGUUCUCAAUUGACGCCGUGACAUACCUGCGACGUGAGCAUCACAUAUGCGGUGUGCUCAUUGGGACGCUGCCUCAGAUCCCUCAGCAGAAUGUCUUCCUGGGUCUCCCUCUGCAGCUGAUGCCAGAAGAGGCACGGCUCUUAGUGGAUAAGGGUGUAGCUUGCAUCGUAGACGAAGCCAAGGCACACGACGGCAUGAACACCCUCUUAGAAGAGGAUCGCAGACGGUACCUCCGCGACCUCGAAUCUCAAGGCCAGCAUAUCUCGCGCAUCCAAUUGGAUCGCAAAGAGCGCAACCGGGAGCAGACAUUGAAAAAAUUAGAAGAAAAGAAAGCAAAGGCGAAGGCUAAAGCCAGUGCUGCUGCCGCCCAGACACCUACGGUUCCUGAGGUCACUUCCACCCCGUCGCCGAAGAACGCUGCUAUCGUUGACCUCUUCAACGCAGAGGAUCGCCCAUCGUCUCCAUCGACCGCCUCGACGAGCACACUUCCUCAGAGCGCAACGGUCAUUACCCCGGCAACAUCUUACCCGCCCCUUCUCACGCCUCCACCAUCGAGCCAUCUUCCAGCACCCGCGGUGCCACCCUCCUAUCCUCUCUUCGCCCACCUCCACUCCAAAGGAUACUUUCUCUCCCCCGGCCUGCGCUUCGGGUGCCAGUACACGGCUUACCCGGGUGAUCCGUUGCGCUUCCACUCGCACUUCCUCGUGGUGUCCUACGACUGGGACCAACAUAUUGAUCUGAUGGAUCUCGUUGUCGGCGGCAGAUUGGGCACUGGUGUGAAGAAGGGCUUCUUGAUCGGCGGAGCACAGAAAGGAAUCGAUGAGGUGGAUUCGGAGGCUGAUCGUGUGGGUACUGUGCGGGCUUUCAGUCUUGAAUGGGCUGGAAUGUGA